AUGGAAUUGGUACCCUGCACACCCAUGGACAGCAACCUCCCCUCAACCCCUGAUCUAUUGCCUUCUUCUAGCUUUUCACCUAUUGUCACCCCUCCGGAUAUCGCAUCCCAUCUAACUGCAUUACCUUCACUCUCCUGCACCCAAAUGAGCCCUACCAAGAAUUGGGAUUUUAACUCUUACCCCUUUGAUGAAAUCACCCUCAAGUCUAGAAGCCUCGACCUGGGUAGAAGAUUCAAUUUGAUUUCGGAGGAGAAUCCAGAGCAGGAUGAGAACAUCAUUUCUGAAGCAUCAAGAACUACACACAGAAGGAAGAUUCGUACCUCUCGGUCUAAACUAGAGAUGGAAACGUUCAGACUUGGGCCCCAGGUGCCUCCUUCGUCAGGACCGAGGCGUAGCAGAAGCAAAUCUAAAGGUUGGGAUGACAUCUCUAAUGCAAAUUAA